UCGUUGCUCGUUUGACAGCAUGCGUUACCGGAGAGGUGCUGUUUCCUCCUGACUGACUUCAAUCUGGAGCGGCGGAACAGAAAGAGGCGUACAUAUGAAAAAUGGAUCAAUUUGAAUGCACAUUAAAGCUGGUUGCCAUCUAGUCGUAAGGCAUCUGCAGCUAGACAGAUGUGCGCAGGCAUGUUUUAAAUCAGCGUUAUCAUUACUGCGGAUGCCAGACUGCGCGCGGUAGGAAGGAGUGAUACAGCAUCUUUAGAGUGGGCAGCAUCCAUACGGGCAUCAGGAGAAAAUGGCUGACAAGAGUGACCUAAAAGCUGAGCUGGAGCGCAAAAAACAGCGUCUAGCUCAAAUCAGGGAGGAGAAAAAGAGAAAGGAGGAGGAGAAGAAGAAGAAAGAGUCAGAAACGCAGCAGAAAGCAGAGAUUGCUCCUGAAGACUCUGAUUUGGACCGUAAGCGUCGUGAAACCGAGGCACUUCUCCAGAGUAUUGGAAUCUCCCCUGAGCCGCCGUUAGUCCCAACGCAAAUGUCCCCUUCAAAGUCAAUGAGCACACCGAGUGAGACGGGCAGUCAGGACUCAGUGGAUGGUGCCACUGCGGGCAGAUAUAGGUCAGGUGGCAUUAGUAAGUACAAAUCAGACACAGCCAAUGAGAGGACCCUGCAGUGGGACACUGACCCUUCUGUUCUGCAGCUGCAGGCUGACUCUGAGCUCGGGCGCAGGAUGCACAGGCUGGGGGCAUCAAAGAUAACCCAGGUGGACUUUUUGCCCAGAGAGGUGGUCUCUUACUCUAAAGAGACACAGACUCCUCUAGCAGCUCAUCAGUCUGAAGAAGAAGAAGAGGAGGAUGAAGAUAAUGCAGAGCCCAAAGCAGGCCUGGAGGAUGACCAGAAGGAGGAUGAGGAAGGCAAGGAGACAAAGGAAGGCCACCCGCGGGAGCUGACGGAGGAGGAGAAACAGCAGGUCCUGCACUCUGAGGAGUUUUUGAUCUUUUUUGACCGCAGUAUUCGUGUGAUGGAGCGAGCGCUCGCUGAAGACUCCAACAUCUUCUUCGACUACAGUGGCCGAGACCUCGAGGAUAAAGAGGGAGACCUGCAGGGGGGGUCGAGUCUGUCCUUCAGUCGUCUGUUCUAUGAUGAGCACUGGUCUAAGCAUCGGGUCAUCACCUGUCUGGACUGGUCCCCUCAGUACCCAGAGCUGUUGGUGGCCUCCUAUAACAACAAUGAGGACGCCCCUCAUGAGCCAGAUGGUGUGGCCUUAGUGUGGAAUAUGAAAUUCAAGAAGACCACGCCUGAAUACAUCUACCACUGUCAGUCCCCCGUUGUGUCUGUGGGCUUUGCCCGGUUUCAUCCUAAUCUGCUGGUGGGUGGCACAUACUCAGGGCAGAUCGUGCUCUGGGACAACCGCAGCCACCGGAGGACCCCAGUCCAGAGGACACCCCUCUCUGCAGCUGCACAUACUCAUCCAGUGUACUGUGUAAAUGUGGUUGGGACCCAGAACGCUAACAACCUGAUCACAGUGUCCACAGAUGGCAGGAUGUGUUCCUGGAGCCUGGACAUGCUCUCCCAGCCACAGGAGAGCAUGGAGCUGGUAUAUAACAAGUCUAAACCAGUAGCUGUGACUGGGAUGGCCUUUCCUGCGGGAGACGUUAAUAAUUUUGUGGUGGGCAGUGAAGAGGGAACAGUAUACACAGCAUCCAGACAUGGCAGUAAAGCUGGUAUCUGUGAGAUGUUUGAGGGCCACCAGGGGCCAGUAACUGGGAUCAGUUGUCACAGUGCUGUGGGCCCUGUGGACUUUUCCCACAUCUUUGUCACGUCGUCCUUUGACUGGACUGUCAAACUGUGGAGCACUAAGCACAAUAAGCCGCUAUACUCCUUUGAGGACAAUGCUGAUUAUGUGUAUGAUGUCAUGUGGUCUCCGGUGCACCCCGCACUUUUUGCUGCGGUGGACGGGAUGGGCCGUCUGGACCUGUGGAACCUCAGCAACGAUACUGAGGUUCCCACAGCCAGUGUGACCAUUGAGGGAGCUCCAGCUCUGAACAGGGUUCGCUGGGCUUCUGGAGGAAAAGAGGUGGCUGUAGGAGACUCAGAGGGCCGUCUGUGGAUCUAUGAUGUUGGAGAGCUGGCAGCGACACACAGCGAGGACUGGGCACGCUUCGCCCGCACACUGGUGGAGAUUCGCGCCAACCGGGCUGACGGUGAGGAGGAGGGGCCAGUGGAGCUGGCCUCAUAGAGACACAGUCUCAAAGCAUCUGACCAACACUGUCCUGAAGCCACAUUAAGCCCAGCUUGACUCACCUAGAUACCGAUCAGCAUGCACAUUAGAGCUUUGAUCAAGCCUGAGAUUUUGAUGGGGAACCCAAAUGUAACCUCAGUCCGACCUGACCCACACCUCCAGGUUUUGAACCUGAGUAAUGGUUACAGCCUGACCAAUUCUUAAGUCUCAACACAGCCACCACCAAGAGACAGGAUAAAACUCAACUCAACAUAAAUAUUUUUACAAUAAGGGUUUCAAGUAAUGACACAUUUAGGCACAUUCAUUUCCUCAGUGUAACAUGCUUGAUGACUUGUAAAAAGUCAGAUGGCCUCAAGGCCAAAGCCACCAAACAGUAUGACAGUGUUUAGGUAGGUUAAAAAGUGGUGAAAAAAAUAAAAGGGGGAGAAAUACUAAACCCAUUAAAGGUGGGGGACACACUAUUAGAAACUUAAAUGUGAAAUAUGAAUCUGAGAAACUUUAAAAAAAUGUGCCCAAACACAAAGGUUUAGAAGAAUAUUUGAAGCUCUAAUGUACAUCUACAUGGCACUGAUCACUCUGGUUUUGUUCUUCACAGACUCAUUAUAGAGCAUAGAAUAGGGUUAGCAAAAGCACCUUGCUUUAUAAUUAUGUUGUGCAAAAGUCUACUGUAAUUUGCAUUGUUGUUUCAGUUGAUGUGAGCAAUCACAGAUCACUGUUGUAGCUAUUUAUUUUUAGGAUUUAUGUCCAAUUUAUAUGUUUCACUGAAAAAGGCCUAGUUUGAGCUUUGGAUGCUAAAUGUGAAGUGAGAAAGUUCAUAAGCUGCUAUGAGGGUUCAAAAUGAAGGCCAAAGUGGGCAGGAUCCUUUGCACGGGCUAAUAUUUGUGCUGUGUGUGUGUGUGUGUGUGUGUGUGUGCGUGUGUGUGCGCGUGUGUGUGUGGAUGUAUAUAUUUUUGUAUUUAACUGCAUGAAGUACAGUAAUGGAGCGAGUCUUACAGGCAUUAUGUAAUUGUGUCAGCUAUAGUAUUUAUAACUGCUAAAGGUUUAAUGUCAAAAUCUUGUAUGUCAGAGAUGUUUUGUUGGCCAGUGGAAAAAAGUGUAUUGUGCUUAUCAAAUGAAAUUUCACAUGUAAUCUAUACAGUGUGCUGAUGGAAAGCUCAGAUCCUAUUGCUAUGUAUGAGAAGUGUGCCCAGUGGUUACAUGCUAUUUCAUGCAUCAACUAAUAAAAUGACACAUGCUUCCAACCA